AUGGCGGACGCAAUUUCUAUCGAGGAGACGAAUCGAAUUCGAGUUUCACUUGGUAUGAAACCUUUAGCAGUACCAGGCGCCGCCGGUCCAGUUUUUAAAGAAGUUCCAUCGGCACCAGCAGAGGAUCUUGGCAGCACAUUAGAAUCGCGACAGGCUGAAGGCUAUGAUAAUUAUCGAAAAUUACAAGAAGGCGAAGAGACCAAGAAGAAACGAGAGGCCAAAGCAGAAGCGAUAAAAAAAGCACGAGAUACGGCCAAACGAUUUGCGAAACUCGAAGGCAAAGGUCUGGGAGAAGCUGACGACGAUGGCGAUUUGGAUGCUAAAGCGUGGUUGAUGAAGCAAAAGAAACGACAAAAGGAGAUUGAAAAGGCGAGAAAGAAGGAACAAGAACGUGCCGAGGCAGAAGCUGCCGCAGCUGCUGAAUAUACAGCCAAAGAUCUCGCAGGCGUUAGAGUCGGACAUGAGCUGGACACAUUUGUUGAAGGGGAGGAUCAAGUUCUCACAUUGAAGGAUACCACCAUCGAUGAAAAUGAAGAAGAAGGUGAUGAAUUGGAGAAUUUAGAUCUGCGUGAGCGUGAGAAGUUAUCUGAUAAAUUGGAACUCAAGAAGAAGAAGCCUACGUACAACCCAAAUGACGAUGAUGAUGAGUCGGGUGAUAGGAAAAUUCUGGCGCAUUAUGAUGAGGACAUUGAUGGCAAAAAGGGAAAUAGGUUUACUCUGGACGGUAUGGGUAGCACGACUGAAACCGCAUCAGCCGAUACCGCACCACACAUGAAGGCAAAAGCAAAAAUCUUCAGCCUUGACAUUUUGAAGGACGAUGAACCGAAAUCCGACUACCUUAAUAUUUCAGAUAUCAAGGUUAGGAAAUCCAAGAAGAAGAAGGCCAAGUCAACUCGACAAAGGACGACGGAUGAAGAUGAUGUUUUCCUUGAACCUGAGCCUGCGGUGUCUAACGGAGAUGUUGCCGACGCGAUGGAUGUUGAUGGAGUCUCUAGGCCCGUUACCGUUAAGAAACGAACUUUCGAGGAUACAUCCUUUGUUGAUGAUGAUGAUUUACAAGCUUUACUUGCUACCCAACGAAGGAAUGCAUUGAAGAAACGCCAAAAGAUACGACCAGGAGAGUUUGCUCAGCGAUUACGGAAAGAAGCAUCAGCUAUUCCAGCAGCAGAUGAUGAGGAAGGUAAUGAUUCAGGACUCGUGAUUGAUGAAACCUCGGAGUUUGUUGCGAACCUUCAAAAACCAGUGGCACCAGAGCCCAAGCAAAGAUCUGUAUCUCGACCAGCAGAUGCUGUCACCUCCAUGGAUGCCGAUUCUGAUGACGAUGGGGAUGGGGAUGUCCAAAUGAGCGAAUCGUAUGCGAAUAUCGAGGAUGAUGAAGACAGACUUUCUCGGAUCAAGCGCGAAGAGGCGAAUGAAGACAUCGAAAAUAAUGGGUUAGAGAAGGAAGCCACCCUGGACAACGUAGGUUUAGGAUCAAUGUUGAACAUCCUAAGAGGAAGAGGUAUUCUCAAGACUUCAGAAUCUGGUGAUGUGGCCACAAUCUUCAGAGAGAAACAAAUGUUCCUCGCCGAAAAGCAACGACGUGAGGCAGAAGCGGAGAGAAGAGCAAAAUCUCAAAGAGAGAGAGAUCGUACCACAGGCCGUCUGGAUCGUAUGUCUGCUCGUGAAAAAGAAGAACACGCUAGACAACAGAAUACUAUGCGAGACCAGCAAGAAUCUAGACAACUUGCGGAUCACUUUAAUAGGGAGUACAAACCUAACGUGGAGCUCAAGUACAUUGAUGAGCACGGAAGAAACAUGAACCGAAAGGAGGCUUUCAAGCACUUGUCACAUCAGUUCCAUGGCAAGGGCAGUGGAAAACAAAAGACCGAAAAGUUAUUGAAGAAGAUUGAAGACGAGAAGCGACGAGAAGCUCAGAGUUCACUGGACGGCAGUCAAAUCGGUGGUAUGACUGGAGCGGCAGCACAACAGUUGAAGAAAAAUCGACAAGCUGGUGUGAGAUUGGCUUGA